AUGUCAAAUGAUGAUAAUUUUCUGAUAGAAAGUGAUGAUGAUGACCAUGAAGAUGAUGACAAUGAUCUAAUUUAAUAAUAAUCUCCUUUAGUCAGAACAUCUUUUACUAAUCCAUUAUAAUUUAAAAUUAAUUAGCAUUUCAAAGGUGAAAUUAAUGAUGAUGAUGAACAAUAAGUUAUUUUAACUAGAUCAUAAAACUAUUGUGGAGAUGCUAGUGCACAUAGUUAAAAUAGUGAAGAUCUCAAAGGAAUUACUCAUACAAAUAAUUCAUCAGAUGAUGAAUAAGAACCCACCAGAGUCACAUAAACCUUCAAUAACCCCUUACAUAAAAUCAAAGAAGAAGUAGAUGAAAGCUAUGAAAUUAAUAUUAAUAAUUCAGAUGAAGAAAUUAUUGUAAAUGAGUUUGCAAAAGCUCAUGAUUUAGUCAUUAAAAAUUGCUCAAUCAAAAUGGUAUGCAAAUAUUAUUUUAUUAUUAGAUAUACAUCUUUAUUAAUAUAUAAUUCAUUCACGCCAAAAGAUUAGCCUUUUAAAUACUUUAAACCAAAUUAAUCUAAGAAAAAUAACACAAAAUAUUACAAAAAAAAUAAAUUGCCUCUCAUUUAACCAAGUGGAUAUUCAUUCAUCGAGAAAAAAAAAUCAAAGCCAAUUAUUUGAAAAAAUGGAAAUUGUAAAAUGCCAAAAAGAAACUUUACGAUGAAGCAAAAAAGAGAAAUAUUGAUAAGACUAAAGAUAUAAGACAGGCAUAAGGAAAUACAAGUAUCACUAAUGAUACAACACUUUCAAAUAAAGCCUAACUUUAAACUAUAUAAUAACCUGGAGCUAUUAACAGUACUAAAUUAACCACAUAAACAUAACCAACUUCUGUAAAUUAAUAAUCAUAAUUUUAGUCAUAAUAAUAACCCCCACCACCUCCACCUCCUCCAUUACCUAAUAGUACUUAAAAUGUGACAGCAGCUCCACCACCACCACCACCUCCUCCCCCUCCAUUACCUAAUUCAUAAGCUCCUCCUCCUCCUCCGCCUCCACCACCACCACCAAUGCCAGGUUAAUAGAAUCCUCCUCCUCCACCGCCUCCUCCUUUACCAGGAUAAUAAGCUCCUCCUCCACCUCCUCCAUUACCAGGAUAAUAAGGUCCUCCUCCACCUCCUCCAUUACCAGGAGGUGCCAGACCACCCCCACCACCUCCUCCUCCUUUAGGAAAUGGCCCUCCUCCUCCACCUCCAAUUCCAGGUUCUAAAAUUCCAGGUCCACCACCUCCUCCAGGUGCACCUAGACCACCUGGUCCACCUCCUCCUCCUGGAUAAGCUAGUGUAGGACAAGUAAAAUAUUUAUAAUAUAAGGGGACCUGGAAUAACAGUCAGAACACCAAAAAAGGAUAUGGCUCCAAAAAGAGUUCAUGUGAAUGUGUUAUCUAAAUUCAAGUUGAAAACAACAUUUUGGUCAUAAUAGAUAGAUCCACAAGGAACAAAAGUAAAAAUUAUAAUAACAUAGAUUCCAUUAUUGGAUUUUGAUUUAUUAGAAUCAAAAUUUUGUGAGAAGAUAGAUCCAAAUGCUAAUAAGAAAGAAACAAAAGCUCUACCAAAACCAACAUUAAUUUAUAUAGAAGAAUAAAAAAAAGUAAAUAACACAGCAAUAGUAAUGAUGAAAUUUCCAGUGAAGCCAAAUGUAAUAAUAGAAUGGUUGAAUGUACUUUCAGAUAAAUUAGAUAUGGAAUUGAUUGAGAAGUUGAUUUCAAUAGCACCUUUAGAUGAGGAUGCAAAAUUAUUAAGAGAAUUUGAAGGAGAUUGGACAAAGGUGAAUGAUGCUGAAAAGUUUUUAGCAGAAUUCAUAAAGAUCUAUAGAUAUAGAUAGAGAUUGGAUAGUUUAUUAUUUAAAAGAACAUUUGAUUAAGAAUUUAAUGAUACAUUUAAAAAGAUUGGUUAUUUAUAAGAACCAAUACUUCUGGUGAAAACAGACCCUCGUUUAAAAAUCUUUUUACAGUUAACACUAAAUAUAGCUAAUUUUUUAAAUCAUGGUACUCCAAAGGCAAAUGCUUGUGGGAUAGGAUUGGAUAGUUUGAAUGUAGUUGAUUCUAUUAAGGCUGUUGAUAAGAAAACAAAUUUAUUAACAUAUUUGACAAAGAUAGUGAAAUAAUAAGAAAUAAAAUUAAAAGUAUUUUUUGAUGAUGUACUAUUAUUGGAGGAUGCAUAAAAAGUAGAAUUAGCAGAUAUUGAAAAUAAAAUGAAUGAAUAUUUAAAAGGGUAUAAUUAUUAAUAAUAUUAAGAUUAAAGAAAAUUAAUGAUGAAAUAGUUGCUCUAUAAAAAGCAAUAGAUACUAAUAUAUUGACAGAGGAAUAGAAAGUUGCAUCAUAAAAAUUCAUGGAGAUAUUUUAAGAAUUUUUAAAGGAAGGAGAUUGGAAAAUGUAAGCAUAUUAAAAGAAAUUUGAAUAAAUAAAAUUAGAAAUAAAGUAAGUAGGUUAAAUGUAUGGAGAGAAUGAUAAUUACAAUAUUAAAGAUUUUUUAGGAUAAUUAUUUACAUUUGCAAAUAAAUUUAGAGCUGCAUACAUGUAUUAUUAUUACUAUUCAAAAGUAAAAUGGAAGUAGAUGAGGCAUUAGAAAAUAAACCAAAACCUUAAUAAUAAGAUACAAAAAAUAGAUCUAAAACUUUAGUUUAAUCUACUCCUGAAACUUAAGGGAAUAAAAACUAAUUAGAUUCUAAAGUAAAUUAUUUUAAAGCAACAACACCUAGUAGUGGAAUGAGAAUGAGUACAUCUGCAAAAAUGAAUGCAAAGAAUGGUAUGAAUAAUUAAUAUUUAAUAUUAGUAAUGAGUGCUGUAGCAAAGUAAAGGGAAAGUAAAAUGCAUGAGAACAUUUCAAUAGUCUAAAAAUAAUAAUAAUAAUAAAUUAUACAAUAGGCUCCAGCCAAUAUUAUUUAAAAUGCUAGAACUGGUGUUAUUUCUUUUAAGUAAUGAUAAAUAUAUAUUUUUAACGAUUAUAAUUUUUAAU